CAUUAUUGUCGACCAAUGAAAAUUCAACACAUCCAGCUUGGCAUUUUGGGUGUACGCGCUGCUGAUCCGAUGGUCGUCUAGAAGUGAUGCUGGGCCGGCGAUGUGUGCAAUUAAUGUUUACGGGUGAUUAAUGAACUUUUUAUGUCGCGUGAAGUGAUAAGUCUGGUCCAUUCUGCAACAUUACCGAGUUCGAUUUUAUAAAAUAAAAUGGAAAUGAGGAUUUACCUUUUAUUAAUUCUUGCCUUUUCUCAAACACUUUUGGUGCUUGCAGGGAGAGAUUUUUACUCCAUCCUUGGAAUACCAAAAAGUGCCAGUUUGAAUCAGAUAAAGAAAGCAUAUAGGAGAUUAGCCAAAGAAUUGCAUCCUGAUAAGAAUCAGGAUGAUCCUGAUGCAUCUCAAAAAUUUCAAGAUUUAGGUGCAGCUUAUGAAGUACUCUCUGAUCCAGAUAAGAGAAAGAAGUAUGAUACCUGCGGAGAGGAAUGUUUGAAAAAAGAUGAUAUGAUGAAUGGAGCUGAUCCAUUUGCAAGUUUCUUUGGGGACUUUGGUUUUUUUGGCGGUGGGUCAAAUAAUCAGCAAGAGACACCUAAAGGUGCUAAUAUAGUAAUGGAUUUGUAUGUUACUUUGGAAGAACUCUACAGUGGAAAUUUUGUAGAGAUAACUCGGAAUAAACCAGUAAUGAAACCUGCAAGAGGUACUAGAAAAUGUAAUUGUCGUCAAGAAAUGGUGACACGACAUCUAGGACCUGGAAGAUUCCAAAUGAUGCAACAAAAUGUGUGUGAUGAAUGCCCAAAUGUCAAGUUAGUCAAUGAAGAAAGAACAUUGGAAAUAGAGAUAGAACCAGGAAUGGUAGAUGGCCAAGAAACUAAAUUUGUUGCGGAAGGUGAACCUCAUCUGGAUGGAGAUCCUGGUGACUUGAUUUUGCGAAUCCAAACACACCCUCAUUCAGUUUUUGAGCGCAGAGGAGAUGACUUGUACACAAACGUCACCCUUUCACUGCAAGAUGCAUUGGUGGGAUUCACAAUGGAAAUUGAUCAUUUAGAUGGUCACAAGGUUGAAGUGUCAAGAGAUAAAAUUACUUGGCCAGGAGCACGGAUUCGAAAGAAGGGACAGGGAAUGCCCAAUUAUGAUAAUAACAAUUUAUUCGGAACUUUAUUUAUCACUUUCGAUGUGGACUUUCCAAAAACAGAAUUUACAGAAGAGGAAAAAGAAGCAAUUAAAAAGAUUCUCAACCAGAGUCCCAAUAAUAAAGUAUACAAUGGUCUCAGAGGCUUCUGACAUUAAAGCUUCUUAUUAGUAUUCUUUUUUGUGAUGUGUGUAAGUGUGAGACAGCAGAUAUACCUAAGAAGAGAAGUUAUUGGUGUGUUUAACUGUCAAAAGAAAAUUCAAUUUUGCAGAAAUGUGAUUUGGAUUCUUGAGGUAAAGAAGCAAGAAAUAGUAUGUAGAAUGAAGCUGAAUAUAUAUUGUUCAUUGUAUGCAAAGAGAUGACUGUGCUGUGAUAAGUCUUUAAAUAUUUACUACUAUGAAAUUUAUUAGUGCAAUGUUUUCUGAAUUGUAUAUUAUAUAAAGACAACAAAAGGUAAUAGUGAAAAGAAAUAAGUGUGUGUUCUUAGUUUUGUGAAUAUUCUAUCAGUUCUUUGUGUGGUUCCUACAUGAAAUCCUGCAAGAAUUAAUCCAUAGAGACAUUUCAACAUUGGGAAUGAAUACGAAUGGACUUAUAAUUGAAAGUGGUCAAUUUGAAGCUGUUUCAAUAGGAAGUAAUUUUCUAAGAAUAUUGCUAUGAACUCAUUCAGUUUUCUUAAAAUUGUGUGCUCAUGUUAAAGUAAUUAAAAUACUGGAUAUGAGGGAUCAGGCUCAAAUUUUGAUUUGGUGCUUGGUAUAAAAUGGCAUAACUUGCCUUUCAAGAAACAUGCAACCUGUUUCUCACAAAGCACAAAGGGAGACAUUAACCACCUUCAAAGUCAAACGGAAUUUCAAGUCACAUUGGUAUGAAAUUGCAUUGCAGACUUUUGCUCUGCAGUUAUUUUACAUGUGUUUUUUAAUCUGAUGUUAAGGAAUCUUGCAUAUGAUUAUUUUUUUUGCAAGAUAUUAAAUUUCUCUUAAUCUGAGUGAAGCAAUUUAUAUUAAUAAGUGGAUUUUAACUCAUGGCAAAUUGAAUGGAACUGUACUUUCUGCUCAAAUCCUAAUAACUGGAACUUGGACCUUUAUCUUCGAAUGUCUGAUCACAAUAAUAACUUCACAAAGGGGAAAGAAUGCAGAUUUGCUAAUGUAGAUAGUGAGAGUGGUUAUGACUUUGAAGAGAAGAGUGAAGUUUUAAACACUACUAUUGUUUUUAGUGUUUCUAAGUUCAUAAUGUUUUUUGUUGGUUUUUUUCCCCCACAUAGUGCAGGUGUAAAUGUUCCUGUACAUAAUUCCAGGGGUGUGUGGUUUGUUUGAUGUGUGGUAUAUGUGAAUAUGUAUGCAAGUGAAAAUAACUAGCUUCAAAAUAAAUUUUUAUUUAUUUGUGAAAUUUGUAAAUUCAUUCUUGAAGUACAAAUAUAUAUUUUCAGUUGUGUUUUGCUAGAAUUCCUCUUUUAUGAAUCAAUUAAGAGUAUAUAUUGAAUCCUAAUAAUUGAAUAUAAUCAUUUAAUGC